GGAAUUUUAGCUGAAGGUGUGUGUGUAAAAAAAUUGGAAAAUAAUUUUGCACGUUCGUUCCAGCAUACGAUGCAGAAGGAAGCAACAUAAGGUGUUGGAGAAGAUGAAAAAGCUAUUUCGCCGAGCACGCGUCUGUUUGUUUCGUAAUCACAUGUAUUGAUCUCCUGGACUGAUCACUGACCAAUGGUGUGAACUGCUCUGGGUAUCAACAGAUUCAAUGCAAACUGUUGUCGGAGCUGAUGAAGUUUCAGGGCCGAUGUUGCAGAGGAAGGAGUCAUUUUCUCUCCUGUCUGCGUCAGAGAAGUGGCUCUUCAGAGGGAAGAAGAGGAAGCAGAGGAGGAGAGAUGUGGAUUCACUCAGUCUCUGCAGCUUAGACAUCAAUGAGCCCAGCACUAAGCGAGUGAAGCCUCUGUCUAGAGUGACCUCUUUGGCGAGUCUCAUUCCUCCAGUGAAAGCAGCCCCGCUCAAACGCAUCGGACAGACGCUGCAGCGUUCGAUCAGUUUCCGUGGUGAGGGCAGACCAGAGAUCAUGGCUCCGCGGCCGUGGAGCAGACACACAACGCCCGCCAUCACUAAACGCCGUGACAGCAAGCUGUGGAGUGAGACUUUUGACGUGGGGCUGGGACACAUGUUGUCGUCUAAAGAAAUAAAGAGACAAGAGGCCAUCUUUGAAUUGUCUCAGGGGGAACAGGACCUAACUGAGGACCUAAAGCUGGCCAAGAAGGCGUAUCGUGACCCGAUGCUGAAGCUGUCCAUCAUGACCGAACAUGAGCUCAAUCAGAUCUUCGGCACAUUGGACUCACUUAUUCCACUGCAUGAAGAUCUGUUGAGUCGACUGCGAGAGGCCAGGAAACCAGACGGCUCGACCGAUCAUGUGGGCCAUAUUCUAGUGAACUGGCUUCCUUGUCUUGGAACUUACAACAGUUACUGCAGUAACCAAGUGGCAGCCAAAGCACUGCUGGAUCAUAAGAAACAGGACCAUCGUGUGCACGACUUUCUGCAGCGCUGUCUGGAAUCGCCCUUCAGCCGCAAACUGGACCUGUGGAACUUCCUGGACAUCCCACGUAGUCGACUUGUCAAAUACCCGCUGCUUCUGCGAGAGAUUCUCAAACACACACCCAACGACCACCCAGACCGCCAACAUCUGGGUGAAGCUAUAUCCAUGAUCCAGAGCAUUGUAGCUGAUAUUAACACACAGACGGGUGAGUCGGAGUGCCGUUACUAUAAAGAGCGUUUGCUGUAUUUGGAGAAUGGUCAGAGAGAUCUGUUGAUCGACAGCUCACGAAUCCUCAGCUGCCAUGGAGAACUCAAGAACAACAGAGGAGCUAAGCUGCAUGUGUUCCUGUUUCAGGCCGUGUUGGUGAUCACUCGAGCAAUUACUCAUAACGAGCAGCUGUGGUAUCAGCUAUACCGGCAGCCGAUCCCUGUGCGUGAGCUGGAGUGGGAAGAUCUGCCUGAUGGAGAGAUUCGAUUAGGCGGAUCAAUCAGGGGAGCCUUCAGCAACAAUGAGCGCACCAAGAACUUUUUCCGAGUGUCAUUUCGUAGCAGUGGUCAACUCCAGACGCACUCAUUCCAGGCCAGCGACGCCUUCAACAAACAGCAGUGGCUCAACUGCAUCCGACAGGCCAAAGUUGCCAUUGGAACCUGCAACUCUGACGGCCAUGCCCAGUUUCAAUCAGGGCCGAGAGUGCCCCCUGUGGAAAAAGCGGGGCAGUGUAUGCAGCACAGUGACUGCUCAGACUCUAGCAUGGACACUAGUGAUGCUGGCAUGGACGUGAGCAUUGAAUGCCCACAGACAUGAACGUCACCCCUGUGAAGGUCUGUACAUAGACAUUUGCCAUCAUCUCUGCAUGACCAACAAACCUAUUCAAUAUUGUGUCUGUGGAGAUGCAGGCUUGUACAGGAAGCACUUCUAUAGAUCUUCACUUCUCAAAGUUUCAUGUUAUUCUUGUGCUUUUCUCUUUAACUGUGCUGUUUUCUGUGGCAGUCAAAUCUUUCACAAACUUUUUGAUUCAUUGAUUCAACAUCUCUCGAUGGGGUCUAGAUGUCCGAUAUCCCACACCCUGUAACAAUGGGUCUUACUUUUCACUUAAAGGAAUAUUUUACUAAACAAAUGGUCACGUUGUAUUUAAAGGUGAAAUGUUGCUCAGGUGUUGUUUCAAUAUUAAUUUGAUAAUCACCAAAAAAAAUUAAAAAUAAAAAAAUAAAAGCUAAGAAUGUUUUCACGACAAUCAGAAGUUGAUUUGAGAGCCGAUCACAAUAUUUGUCAAUAGUGGAAGAUCUGUCUGUCUGGUGCUCGGAAAGAGGAAGGUGUCAGGUAUCGGACGGAAUGGUGCUUAUCAUUUCAUCAAUGGGUAAAGUCGCCACAGGUCAUGUUUUCUAUAUUCCUCUCUUAUGUGUCGCAUCACAGCAGGAUAAAGCCAUUCAUGACUGAAGUUCUGUAUUUAUGCUCUUUAUAUAAGAAUGAUGACAAAUAUUGAAAGUUAAACCACAGUCACAUACAGAAGAAUGGAUUGCAGCUUCAAUAUGGAAAAUAUUCAGAAAAGCACUUUGAUUUUGAAAUUAGAUCAGUUGUAACAGUGUAAACUAAGGUUUUGACACAUCUGGGACAUCUCGAGUUGAACAGUUUUAUGUGAACCUGUGGAAUGUGAUUAAUAUUGUGUCAGAAAUAUCACAACACUGUAGCAAAUUGUUGAAAUACAACAUUGCAUAAACUUGGACUAAAUAGAAGGUCUCUAGUGCCAUGUAGCUCAGCUAAACGUUUGUCAUGUGUUUGUGUGUGCCAAAACUAAUGUAUCACAAACACAAUCUGCAGUAUAAUGUAAAGGAAAAAACAAACCUUGCCAAAAUGUAUUUGGUUGUGUUCAGGUUUAUCCUCUUAAAGUAUUUUAUUUAGUUUCUUUAACCUUCUUUUGAUUACCUUUUUUUUCUAAAGUAUUGUUUUGAAAUGUAUGAUGUAAGAUGUUUAUUUAUAGCUUGUUUUUUCACCUGAUUUACAAUUGUGUUUUCCUGUUUUGGUUGGAGUUGGAUUUAAAGGAAGUGAUGUCAAUGAGGGUUUAUUAAUGGAUGGGAAUAAAGAGUGGUUUAAUGUUCUAGAAAUAAGUGAUGAGAAAAUGCACAGGGUCGUAUAGAAGUGUAUGAAGUUAAGACUGGGUGGAACAGAUUAACUGAUGGAAAGUGUUUAAUAAAAUAAAGAAUAAACAAGU